ACCUUCAAAUGUGACUAAGACGCCGUCGAAUCAAAUAGGGAAUUGUAGCAAAAUUUAAGGUCUAUAAUUUGUUUUGAACUGAAAUGGCUAGCGAACCUGAUAAUGCAGGAGGAAAGACAGUGGAAUUUUUGUCUUGGCUAUUUUCACUGAUAUUAGCAAUUCUCACUUUCCCGAUAUCAAUUUUCAUUUGCACAAAAGUUAUCGCAGAGUUUGAAAGAGCUGUGAUAUUUCGAAUGGGGCGUAUCAGAACAGGUGCCAGAGGACCGGGCGUAUUUUUCGUUCUGCCUUGUAUAGACGAUUACUUCAAAGUAGACCUGAGAACGGUGAUGUUCGAUGUGCCUCCGCAAGACAUUUUAACGAAAGACUCGGUAACACUUUCUGUCGAUGCUGUGGUCUACUAUCGAAUUAGCGAUCCGGUGAAAGCUGUGAGUGAGGUUGAGAAUUACAGAAGCUGUACCCAUCUGCUCGCUACGACAACAUUACGAAAUGUUUUGGGUACGUGCAAUUUGGCAGAGAUACUUGUCAAACGAGAACAGAUAACGCAUGCGAUGCAAGAAGCGUUAGACUAUGCCACAGAUCCAUGGGGAGUGAAAGUUGAAAGAGUUGAGAUCACAGAUGUUAAACUACCACCUCAGUUGCAACGUGCUAUGGCCGCCGAAGCAGAGGCUUCACGGGAAGCUCGUGCGAAAGUUAUUGCAGCCGAAGGGGAAAUGAAAGCGUCUAAAGCACUAAAAGACGCAUCUGAUGUUAUGGGACAAAGUCCUGGGGCAUUACAGUUGCGGUACCUGCAAACCCUUCAUAGCAUUGCAGCGGAGAAGAAUUCGACCAUAAUUUUCCCACUGCCAAUGGAAAUGCUAAAGGGAUUUUCACGGUGAUCGCUGUAAUCUGACUACUGUUUGAGUUAAUAAAUUUUUUC